UUUUCAUUUUCAUCAUUCAGUUUACUUUGUCCUGGCUUGGAGCACUGCCCAACUUAGACUGUCUGUUUGUAUUGCCAUUGCAGGCAGACAGGCAGGCAAAAUGAUGCACCUUGUGUGUUUUAUCGGUCUAUUAUUUGUGUCUAAAGCAAGUAGUUUGGACUUUUUUGUUGAAGAAAUUGGAGAUUUUUAUAAUACACGACUUGGACAAGAUGAAGAGCAAAGCAGCAUCAAGACUUCUGGUCAAGCUCCACCAAAGCUGAUUAACAGAUAUGAAAGAAACCGAAGAAGUAUAUUCACUGCUGAUGAAGUAGAAAACGAAGAAUUUGAGGUAGAAACUGGAGAUGGAAUCCACAUCCACAGUUAUAAAGUGGAGGCCAGAAUCACCUCCCGUUUUGCUCACACCACAAUCUGCAGUAGAGUGGUCAACACAGCCCAGCAUGCACAGAGUGUUGUAUUCAACGUGCAAAUACCUAAAAGUGCCUUCAUCUCUAACUUCACUAUGAAUGUGAAUGGGAUCACAUUCAUUGGUUCUGUUAAGGAAAAGACAGUCGCUAGAAGCCUCUAUGCAAAGGCCAGAGCAAGGGGGAAGGCUGCUGGAAUAGUAAGAACAAAUUCUAAUGAUAUGGAAACGUUCAGAACUGAAGUGCAUGUCCCUGAAGGAAGUAAGAUCCAGUUUGAAAUACACUACGAGGAAAUGAUGCAGAGAAAACUGGGAGUUUAUGAAUAUAAUCUUAACCUUCAACCUGGCAAGCUAGUUCCACAAUUUCAGGUGGAUGUCUACAUUUAUGAACCGAAAGGCAUUGCUUUCGUUAGAGCACUAAACUCCCUUGGAGGACACUUUGAAGGACUCAUCAAAGUCACUACCUCAAAUCAGAAGGCGCAUGUUUGUUUUAAGCCGACUCUGCAUCAGCAGCGUAAAUGUCAUAACUGUUCUUCCACUGCUGUUGAGGGAGACUUUACAGUGCAAUACGACGUGAUCCGAGAAAGCAAUGGUGGAGAUCUACAGGUCUCCGAUGGAUAUUUUGUGCACUUUUUUGCUCCCAUCAAUCUGUCACCUCUUCCCAAGAACAUUGUUUUUGUCAUUGACGUCAGUGGUUCUAUGUGGGGAUUAAAGAUGAAACAGACUGUUCAGGCAAUGCAGACCAUCCUGGAUGACCUUGGCCAUGAUGACUUCUUCAGUGUCAUUGACUUUAACCACAAUGUUCGAUGCUGGAGUGACGAGUUGGUUCCAGCAACUUCCAUCCAGACUUCUGAAGCGAAGAAGUACAUCCAGGAAAUCCAGCCUAAUGGAGGUACUAAUAUCAAUGAGGCACUUCUAAGAGCCACUCACAUGCUCUCUAAUGCCAUGAACUAUGGAGUCAUAGACCCUCACUCAGUUUCUAUGAUUAUUCUUGUCUCUGAUGGAGAUCCUACUGUUGGGGAGAUAAAGUUGAGUGCCAUCCAGAAAAAUGUGAAGAAAAGAAUGCGUGACGAGUUCUCCCUCUUUUCUCUUGGGAUCGGAUUUGAUGUGGACUAUGAUUUCCUGGAGAGGAUUGCAUUGGAGAAUCGGGGAAUAGCUCAGAGGAUUUAUGCCAAUCAGGAUGCCUCUCAGCAACUGAAGGAAUUCUACCAACAAGUCUCUUCUCCUCUGCUCAGGAAGAUUUUAAUCGAGUACCCUGAUGAAGCCGUAACUGAUGUCACACAGAACAGUUUUGACAAGUACUUCAGUGGGUCGGAGCUUGUGGUUGCUGGCAGAGUUGAACCACAUGGAUAUUCUGUUUUGCAGAGUGUUAUUACAGCCUCUUCUGGUACAAUGGAUCUGUCCCUUCAGGCAGAGGCGGAUGUCCAUGAACUUGAUGAGAUAUUGGCCCUGCAGAGACACGUGAACCCCGGGUUUGCCAGGCAACUCUGGGCCUACAUCACUGUCAACCAGCUUUUAGCUGAGAGGUCACUGGCUUCAACAGCUGCCAAGAAGAGGAAAAUAACCCAGAGGAUUGUGAGCAUGGCACUGGAGCAUCAGUUUGUCACACCAAUGACAGCCAUGCUGGUAGAGAGUGAGAGUGGAGAUGAGAGGCUACUGGCUGAUUCUCCAAAGGAUCCCAAACAGGGCUGCUGCACAGGUGGCGGUUCCUUGGGAAGGAAAGGCAAGCUCACCUAUGGCCCUCCUCCUUGGGCACCAUUUGCAACUGUGCAGCCAACCCCCUUGGCUCAGAUAGCUCCUCCUUUGGUGGAAGCGCUGCCGAAUCACAUCACACUGGUUGAAAACGAUCCUCACUUCAUUAUUCACCUGCCAAAGAGUAAACAGGAUAUCUGUUUCAACAUUGAUUCUGAGCCCGGCAAAAUUCUGAACCUGGUGUCUGACCUUGACUUAGGUGUUGUGGUUAACGGUCAACUGAUUGGAGCCAAGAAACAAGAAGAAACGAAGAUGAGUACAUUUUUUGGAACAAUUGCAAUUUACUACAAAAAACAGGAUAUGAAAGUAGAGAUCAGUACCAAGCGCAUCUCUGUGACGAAUGGGAAGCAUGCCCAUCUCUUCACCUGGGAAGAAACAGGAAACAUGACACAAAAUGGUGUUAGGAUCUCCAUCAAGAAAGACACUCAUGUCACAGUCAGUGUGAAUGAAGAAAUAUCAUUUAUGGUUCUGCUUCACCGUGUCUGGAAGAAACACCCAGUCAACGUGGACUUCCUGGGAGUUUACUCUCCUCACACCAACAUGUUCUCACCUGAAGUACAUGGACUACUUGGCCAGUUUUUCAAUGAACCCGAGGUAAAGGUAUUCAAUGUGCACCCUGGAUCAGAUCCAAAGAAACCUGAGGCCACAAUGGAGGUCAAGGGACAUAAACUUGCUGUAACCAGAGGCUGGCAAAAAGAUUAUAGGGCAGACAAAGUAUAUGGAACUAAUGUCUACUGCUGGUUUAUUCACAACAGUGGGAAGGGAUUCAUUGAUGGACAUUACAAAGAUUACAUUGUUCCUCAUCUUGACAGCUUUCGACAGCGCCUGUGAAUCUGACAAUUGAAUAAAGUAUAUAACAAUUGGGAUAUAUUAUUUCUGAAUAUAUUAAUUCUUACAAAUCUAAAAAAUCACUUAGCAUUUUAUCAAAUUCAAAACUUGAUUCAACAAUAUUAUAUUUUUGAAUGUUGGUUUAAAAUAUGUAUUGUAUUAUGCAAUUUAUAGUUUAAAAAAAGA